AUGGCUUCUAUAUCUGCUAUGUGGACAUCAAAACGGGCGGUUCAGAAGAGGACACCGAGAGUUUAUGAGGUAGAUGCAUAUUCAGCCUUAUCAGCGAAGAUUGACUCCCUAUUUCACAAGGUGGAAAUCAUAUCACAGGAAUGGAACAAACAGAGUACACAAAAGCCACCAUUGGAAGAGAUGUUUGAGAAGUUCAUGGUAACAACCAAUCAGUAUAUGGAAGCCAACAACCAGUUUAUGCGAAGGACAGAAGCAACUCUUCAAGACCAAAGUGCAGCGAUCAAGAAUUUGGAGACACAAAUGGGACAGAUGGCAAUCUCUAUGACGGGUAGAGCACCAAGAAAUCUACCCAGCAACACUGAAAUCAAUCCCAAAGAGCAAGCUAAGGCUAUUAUAACUCGAAGUGGAGUGCAAUUACCGGAAAGCCAUGUCAAGAAAACAGGUGUGACUGUAGAGACAUCCUCCCUUGCUGAAGAUGAGACUGCUGUAAAGGAAUCAACUCCAGGGGAAAAUUCAGAAAAAUCACAGGAUAAGGCCAAGGUUACAGUCAACCCAUACGAGCCUCCAAUUCCCUUUCCACAGCGGUUGAAUAAGCAUAAAAUGGAGCAGCAGUACAAGAAAUUUCUAGAAGUCUUCAAAAAGCUUCAUAUCAACAUCCCACUAGCCGAUGCACUAUUACAAAUGCCCAGCUAUGCAAAAUUUCUAAAAGACAUAUUAUCAAAUAAACGCAAGCUGGAUGAUCAUGAAACAGUAAUGCUAACCGAAGAAAAACUAGGAUUGGAAGAGCCUAAGGCAACCACAGUAACUCUACAGCUGGCAGAUCGAUCACUUACACAUCCACGAGGAAUUAUUGAAGAUGUAUUGGUCAAAGUGGAUAAACUCAUAUUCCCAGUGGACUUCUUAAUUCUAGACAUGGAAGAAGACAAGGACGUGCCUAUCAUAUUGGGGCGACCAUUUUUGGCAACUGCAAGAGCUCUCAUAGAUGUGCAACCAGGACAAUUAACUUUGAGACUGGGGAAGGAGCAAGCCUCUUUUAAUGUUUUCAAAGCAAUGAAAUAUCCCACCGAGCCAGACACCUGUUUUCAGAUUGAUGUGAUUGACAUAGGAAUCCCCUACAAUUACAAGUUGAAGAAAUCGCCAGACAUUCAGGAGGCCGAUAUUAUGCACCCUCAAUCCACUCUCACUGACUCAAAGGAGAUUGAGGUAUACAUCGUGUAG